GAUCAUUUUUGUUCAAAAAAAAAACCCUCAAAUUUUUCCUUGUUUUUGUAUUUUUUGUUCUUUGUGUUUGUUGUAAGUUUGUCAUGGAAAAUCAUGGUGAUGACCCUAAUAGUCCAAAUCACGGCUGUGAGAGAGCGGAGCCGGUGAGAUCACGGUGGACUCCCAAGCCGGAGCAGAUUCUAAUUUUGGAGUCCAUUUUCAAUAGUGGAAUGGUUAAUCCUCCUAAAGAUGAGACUGUUAGAAUAAGAAAGCUUCUUGAAAAAUUUGGUUCUGUUGGGGAUGCUAAUGUUUUUUACUGGUUUCAAAACCGUCGCUCUCGCUCUCGCCGUCGCCAACGUCAGCUACAAGCCGCCGCUACUCACCAAGGUAGCAGCGGUGCAAUUCACUACGAUUGUGGUAACGUCAGCAGUGGCGGUUACAACGGUGGAAGUGGUGGUAUUAUGAAUUUUGCUGGGGUUUCCUCUUCUUAUAUCGGAGGAGGGUCCUCUUCUUCAUCCUCCUCCGCUUCUGGGGUUGGAGGAGAUUGUAGCGGUGGCAGUGGCGGGAGCAGUGGUUUUUCGAUGUCGGGUCAUAUGGGUUUCUCAGAAGUUGAUCAACAAAUGGUUGUGACAAGUACUCCAUCGUUUUGCCCUUCGGAAACCUCAAAUUUAGAGUUUCAAUCAGGUUAUAUUAUAAUAUUCAUAAAUGGAGUUCCAACAGAAGUACCAAAAGGAGCAGUGGAUAUGAAAGCAAUGUUUGGGGAAGAGACAGUGUUAGUUCAUUCAUCAGGACUCCCAGUUCUUACCAAUGAAUUUGGAAUCUCUCUCCACACUUUACAGCAUGGUGAAAGCUAUUUUCUGGUUUCAAGACCAACAUGAGUUUGGGAAACAAAAGCAGUUGCCACCAGCAAGAAACAGCAGCGCCUACCAACAACAAAAUUUUAAAAACAGAUCUCAGCUUUCUUUUCUUUUCUUUUUUUUUCUUUUUCCAAAUAAUUUCACCUUUUUUUUCCCUUUUUAUUUUAUUUUAUUUUUAGUGUUUAUGUUUAAUUUGGGGUUUGGUUACUUUUUAAUGUGUUCUCUAUGGGAAAUUGGAUCUAGUAGAAAAAAAAGAAAAAAGAAGAAGAAAAAAACUUUAUCAUAAAGUUUAUAUAGCAUACCCAUUUGGAUAUUUGUAUACA